GUGUUUUGUGUCAAAUUAAAUCAAAUAAUUUAUUUAAAAAAAUGUGAAAAUAAAUAAAAACUGAAGAAUAACUGCACUUUAUAAGUUAAUGUUGCAGGUGGCUGAUAUGGUUUUGGCAGAGAUGACUUCUAGUGCUGGUGGCAGACUGCGAUAGUGGUUGUUGAAACCACUCAGGAACUGAGUGCAAGUAACAACUUACUCCUGGCAGAACCAUUUAUGUCAACAUGUUAAUAAAAGAAUACAGAAUUCCUCUGCCGCUUACGGUGGAGGAAUACAGAAUUGCUCAACUGUACAUGAUAGCCAAAAAAUCCCGGGAGGAAAGUAGCGGCGCAGGCAGUGGUGUAGAAAUUCUGAUAAACGAACCGUACGAAGAAGGUCCCGGGGGAAAAGGACAGUACACGAGAAAGGUUUAUCAUGUCGGCAGUCAUCUUCCAGGUUGGUUCAAAGGUCUUUUACCCAAAUCAGCUCUGACCGUAGAAGAGGAGGCCUGGAAUGCAUAUCCUUAUACCAAAACGCGUUACACGUGUCCUUUCGUAGAAAAAUUUUCAUUGGAAAUUGAAACUUACUAUUAUGCUGAUGAUGGGCAUCAGGAUAAUGUUUUUAAUCUUGCUGGAAGCGAUUAUAGGAAUAGAAUUGUUGAUGUAAUAGAUGUAGUUAAGGAUCAACUUUAUGGAGCUGAUUAUGUAAGAGAAGAAGAUCCUAAAUUUUAUAUAUCAGAGAAAACAAAUAGAGGUCCAUUGAAUGACAGCUGGUUGGAAUAUUAUUGGAACAAUGUCAAAGAUAAACCGCAGCCCACGCCCGAUGGUUUGGCGCUUAUGUGCGCGUAUAAGUUAUGCCGAGUCGAAUUCAGAUAUUGGGGAAUGCAGACAAAACUAGAGAAAUUCAUUCAUGAUGUCGGUAUGUAG